AUGCUGUAUGCAAGUCAGAUCAUCGAAAGGUAUGACCACAAGGGAGGAGUUCGGGUGACAAAAGAAAUCUUUGCAGAAGAUCUCAACAUGAUGAAGAAUCUUGCAGAAAAUGGCUUCCAGGCCAAUGAGUCUUGCUCCCACGACCUAUGGUACAGGCGCCAGGUGGAUGAAGAUGUGCAGAGAUUCGGGCAUGAGAAAGCCAAGGCUGACUCCCGACGAGCACAGGCGGAAGCCGAGCAAGCUGAGGCCGAGCAACAGCAUGCGCAGGCCGAAGCUCGCAGAGCCCAGGCGCAAGCCAGACGAGCAGAGGCUGAAAGGCGUUUGCGCGAGGCGGAGGCGGCACGGCGUGCCGCAGAGGAGGCAGCACGCCGGUCCAACUUUGGCUUCCGCUCGCACGGUGACCCCAUCCUUUGCGCUUACAACAAAUCCUCGGACGAAGUGGUUGAAAAGUCUUGCGUAAACUACACAGGGCCUGCAGUCGUGACAUGCUACGACCAAGAGGGGCUGCAGAGAAUCAUUUGGGUUGGGGUCAGCGACGAAGAUGGUUCCAACCGUCAGGGUGAGGAUGCUUUCUGGGUAGCUGAAACAGUAGCCUUGACUGUCUCCACAGGCAAGUGGUCAUAUCAGGAUGUCACGGGCAAACACAUUGCUGAUGUUUCCUGCGAUACGGCGGAAGGGCGCAACGCCAUUGUGACAGAGAUUCCGCCCAUGGCCUUCCUGAAGACUUUCAAGAACAGCAAAACCUUCCUCGUUCACACCAUGCAACCUCGCAUAAUUCCAGGCCCCAAAUAUAGCUUCAUGCAGGACAUGAUGAGUGACAGCUCGCUCUCGCACCUCGAGUAUGAUGAACAGAAUGCGAAGAACUGGCUCAACGCAUUCCUCAUGAUGCUCGGCUAUGCGAUGGAGCAUGGAAUUCACUCCAAGGCCUUAGGUGAAAUUGCCAAGUACGUGGUGGUCUACGGAGUUGCGCAGGCACAGAAGGCGCAGGGCAAAAUUCAAAGUCCAUCCGCCUGGAUUCCCACAGAAGCUGUGUGA